GGGAAUUUUCGGACAUUGGUGAACUCCGGCGCUGUUGACGUAUACGUCACGUCCGGAUUUGUCUUCUCCUCCGAGCAACGACUGAUGGAGCUACUUACUCGAUUCACACAUUUGUAAGAUUUAUGCAUGUGUUUGUGACAUGAUUUGGGGGGAAAUUACAGGUUACAUUCUGUCUGUAAAUAUUCAAGGGGGAAUAGAAAAAUUCGUGACACCAGAAUUUCAUUAUAAAUAUGGAAGAGCAUAAUACAUCUGUGGUGUUGCCGUUUGGUCCCCCACCAAUUUUGCAAGAUAUUAAAGAGGAAUUAAAAGGGUACAUCGAAUGUCCGGAGAGACUUCCGAUUCAUCAGAUCGAAAAUGUUCAGAUUUACUGGCCUCGAGAGCCCGAUGUGCUUUCGUUACUGGAGUUUGACUUAGCCCCAACUGGUACUACUUUGAAGUUUGAUAGAGAUCCUAUGACGGGAAGUCUUGGCAAAAUGCAAGAGGUUGCGUUACAAGGUGCAGGAGAAACCGUUCGGAAUUCCGUGUCAAUGACUCGAGCACCUGGACCUCCUACCGAAGGAGUCAGAGGUAAUGCCAAUAAUAUACUGUUUCUACCGGGUGGCUUUGAGGAACCUAAGCCAAUGGUUACCAAUGUAACAAACGAUAUAGACUUUGAGAAUAAUUUAAGAACAUUAGCCAAAGGGUUUAAAUCAGGAAUUGAAUUUAAAAGCGACAACUGCACUCCGAUCGGUGCAGCCGAUCCGGCACCUAAGCUGUUAGAAAUAGAGAAAAUCAAUGGAAAGUCUGAGUCAGUAAAUUUAAUGGACAUGGUUCACGCUGAGGAGAGUUCUCUAGGAUUAUGGUCCAUGCCAUCGAAUGAGACGAAACUUAAUGCAGAUAAUUCUAUUCCGGAUGUUAAAGUCGAUUUGAGUUCAUUGAAUAAUAUUACGGAUUCAACAGUUGGAUUUGACAUACCUGUUCUAAAUAUAAGUCAACCAAGUAAAGCUCAACAAAAGGAGUGGGCAGAAGAAAUAGACGUAUCUGUCCCAGUUACUGAUUUUGAAAAGAAAAUUCCAGAUCCAGCUUUUAAGUUUGACUAUGAAUUAGAUACUUUUCAAAAACAAGCUAUUAUUAAGUUGGAAGAAGGCUGUAACGUGUUCGUGGCAGCUCACACUUCUGCUGGAAAAACCACUGUUGCUGAAUAUGCUAUUGCAUUAACUCAGAAACAUAUGACAAGAGCAAUAUAUACAUCUCCCAUAAAAGCACUUUCGAAUCAGAAAUAUAGAGACUUUAAAGACAAAUUUGAAAGUGUUGGAUUAAUAACCGGAGACUUACAAAUUAAUCAAACUGCAUCUUGUCUUAUAAUGACUACGGAAAUUUUGCAGUCAAUGUUAUACCAUUCAUCUGAAGUUCUUCGAGAUUUGGAAUAUGUCAUAUUUGACGAGGUCCAUUAUAUAAAUAAUCAAGAUCGUGGGCACGUUUGGGAAGAAGUCAUCAUUUUAUUACCAGCAACUGUGAAUAUUGUAAUGUUGUCUGCCACCGUUGCAAAACCAUUAACGUUUGCACAAUGGGUCGGACGAAUAAAAGAAAGGAAAAUGUACGUGAUAACAACUUUAAAAAGACCUGUACCACUGCAACAUUACUUGUACUACGGAAAUGAUGAAAAAACUAAAGACAAUAGAGUUUUGGUUCUUGACUCCGAUGGACCAUUUUUAUUAGAUAACUGGUAUAAGGCAAAGACUGAAACCGAUGCCCAAAAUGCAGCAAAAGAUAAACUGAAAAAGGGUCCUCGAGUAAAUCCAAAUUCACCACUUAAUUUGAAAAAUGAUAAAAAACUAUUGACGGUUUUCAUAAAGCACCUUAAAGAUAAGCAAGAAUUGCCUGUGGUAAUAUUCAUAUUGUCAAGGAAUCGUUGUGACAAAUACGCCGAGAUGUUAAGGUCCAUAAGUUACUUGACAGAUCAGAGCGAAAGAUUAAAGAUCAAUGCAUACUUCUGCAAGUGUGUUAAAACAUUAAGCCCAUCCGAUCAGAAAUUGCCCCAAGUUCUGAAUCUGCAACAACUUUUAAAAUCUGGUAUAGGCGUACAUCACAGUGGAAUACUUCCCAUUUUGAAGGAAAUUGUCGAGCUUCUGUUUCAAAUGGGACUCGUAAAGUUAUUGUUUGCCACGGAAACUUUUGCAAUGGGUGUCAACAUGCCAGCUCGUACCGUAGUGUUCGAUUCCAUCAGAAAAUUCGAUGGAAAUGAAUUCCGAACACUGUCAGCCACGGAAUACAUUCAAAUGGCAGGUCGAGCAGGUCGAAGAGGAAAGGAUAAGACAGGAAAUGUCAUAAUACUGUGUAAACCUGACGUGCCAGAUUUCAGAAACCUGAAGACUAUGAUGUGCGAAGUUCCUCAGCCCCUGCAAUCGCGAUUCAAGAUAACUUAUUCAAUGAUUCUUAGUCUUAGAAGGGUCAGUGAAUCCGUCACUGUGGAGGGAAUGAUGCGCAGAUCUUUCAAGGAAACGGCAGUUAAGCGAGAGCAAAAAUAUAAAGACGAGCUAAGUAAAAUAGAAUCCGAGCUAGCCGAUUUUCCGCCCUUGACUGACUCGCAGAAAGAACUGACUGAAUUUUAUGAGGUAGCCACAGAUUAUGUUACCGAAUGGAAGACUUUGAGACCACACGUGAUUCAGUGUAAGCAAGGUGCAAAAUACAUGACCGCAGGCAGAAUUCUACUGAUAUCGUAUAAGAAGCAUUUUAGAAAGUUGGCUCUUCUACUUACCAUUACUCCAAAGGAUUAUGAUAUCGAAUAUAAAGUCUUGGUUUUGAAAGACACAAGUGAAGCCCCGAGUAAAAAUAACGAGUCGCAGAAGGGAGGAGACGUCGGUGUUACCUGGGACGAAUUCAUUGCUCUGACAAAAACUGAAGUAUUUGUACCGGAUGAAGCACCCCUCCACGAAGUUCUGAGCAUAACUGCCGCAGAUAUAUUGGAAAUUACACAAAGCACCAUUUCAAUAGAUUGCCGCAUGAUAUUGAACGAUUGGGAAAAACGCCAACUACCGAGGUUUAAGGAUGAUCCUCCAGGUCCAACCUGUCAAACAGCUAUUCAGAACUUGCUGAUGUUUUCUUUGAAAAUAAGAGACCAGUCGAAUUCUACGAGUUUUGUCAAACUCAACAUUAGCCAUCCAGACUUAUUAGAUCGAUGUAAAUAUGCAGAAAGACUCAAGAAAAGAUUGAGUACCAUGAAAUGUAUCAAAGCCGCCAAUUUCGAAAUAGAUUUUCAAGAAGUUUUUAAGCGAAAGCAACUCGAGAAAUUGAUGAAUGAUAUUAGAUUCAGGCUUAGCGACGAAAGUCUAUUCCAUUAUAGUGAUUACAUGAACAGAGUACAGAUCCUAAAGGAUUUAAAAUAUAUCGAUGAAGAUGAUAGAGUAUCUCUGAAAGGUAGGGUUGCCUUGGAAAUGGGGACCCAUGAAUUACUGAUAACCGAGUUGGUAUUAAGGGCUGAACUAAUAACAUUGCAACCAGCUGAAAUAGCAGCGCUUUUAUCAGCGCUAAUUUUCCAACAAAGAAUCAACGUAUCGCUUACAGAAUUGACACCAACUUUAAAAGAGGGUUGUAAAAUUAUGGAAGACAUACAAAAAGAACUGGAGACGGUGGAACGUCGGAACAAUGUUGAACCCAUAGAGGCAUUAAACUUUGGAUUAGUAGAAGUUAUAUAUCACUGGGCACGAGGUGUGGAGUUCGCUCAAAUCAGGAAAAAGACUACUGUUCAAGAAGGAAUCAUCGUACGAUGCAUUCAACAACUGAAUGAGACAUUGCGCGAUGUUAAAAAUGCAGCCAUUAUUAUAGGUGAAUCAAUUUUAAAAGAAAAGAUGGAGGAAGCGUCCACUGCCAUUAAACGAGACAUCGUUUUUGCGGCCUCAUUGUACACUCAAGAUUAAGUCCUUACUUUACUGUAUAUUUAUAAUGCUUUGAG